AUGUCACCCCUGGCGUCAGAGUGUGUCUUGUAUAGCAUAGCUUAACAUUCUUUCCUGAGAUUAUCUUAUUCAGUACAACGCCUCUAGGGGCACGAAAGGUCCUUCCGGGAGCAGAGGCUUGAACCUGAAGCUCUGAGUUUGUAAGCUACGUGAGUGCAUCUGUGCCCAGUAACAUAGGCGUGAUUAUCGAGCAUGCAGCGGAGCUGCCUAAGCUCUGCCUCGGGGCACACAGUCGGACACCCUUGCGGGCAGGAUAUAGUUUGCGCACCCUACAGGGCUGUCUUACCGUCUUCCCGGUGUAUUCCUUCUGCGGGUAAUGCACGGAGGGCACAGCCACGGGAUAUCCUUUACGUUUGUGGCCAUCACGCUGCAAGGAUACCCACGUCGAUGCAUGAGCGAAGAGCGGAUGUCGUCUGUAUGGCCACGCGGCGGGCUACCACGAGUGCAUCAUCACCAACCGUUUCGUCGGGGCCGGCACAAUUCAUCCUGUUGACGGACUGCGGGUCGCUUCCCUCGGCAGCCGACGUCCAGGAGAUGCUGCCCAACCUGACUCCCAAGCAGCUCGCGGACGCCGUGUGGUGCUUCGCGCAGCACGAGGUGAAGCCCACUCCGGAGCUGAUGCACGCGGUGGCGCAGGAGAUACACAGCAAGCUGCUACAGUUCAGGGCCCAGGACCUGAGCAACACGUUGUGGGCCUUCGCCAUGCUCAAGUACCAGCCCACGGAGCAGUGGUGGCGCGACUUCGAGCGGCAGGUGUACGGCAACCUGCCCGACCUAACCGACCGGCAGUUGGCCAACCUGCUGUGGGGCUUUGCGGUGCUAGAGCGCCGCCCGGCACCCGAGCCCCCUGCUGCUGAUGCACCCCAGGAGGGGAUUGCUGCUGCUGCUGCUUCAGGGACGGUCGCGGAAUGCAGCCCCGCCUCCCCCUCCUGCUCUGAUCGGCCUGGCUGGGUUCUGGGUCCGCUGCUGGCUCGCAGCUGCGCGGGCGGCUUCUCCGGCUUCUCCGCCGGCAGCCUGCACCUGCUGGUGUGGUCGCUGGGGAAGCUGCACCACGCGCCGCCCGCCGUCUGGCUGGGCGGGUUCCUGGCGGCGGCGGAGGCGCACUUCUUCCGCUUCACGCCCACGGAGCUCGCCAACAUCGUCUGGGCGCUGGCGAAGCUGGGCUCCUCCGUCCCCUCCGCCUGGCUGGACAAGCUGCUGCUGGUUGCGCAGUGGCGCUUCCCCUCCUUCCCCGCGCGCCUGCUGAGCAUCGUUGCGUGGAGCACCGCCACUCUGUCGCACCGGCCACAGCAGGAGUGGCUGCUGUGCUUCGAGGAGCAGGUGCGCGCCAAGUUCCUGGACUUCAGCGGCCACGAGCUGGCGUGUGUGGCCUGGGCGCUGCGGCGCUUCGGCUACCCCACGCGGCACAACGCGGUGUUCUACAUGCUGCAGAAGCAGCAGCGCUUCCUGGACGCGGACUUUGAGGUGCUGUCCAACCCCAAGCUGCUGCGACAGGUGCUGGGGUGGAGGGGCGAGGAGGCGGAGGAGGCGGCAAAGACAGGGCAGGGAGAGGGGGAGGAGGGCGGCUUGGGAUAACACUAGCAGCAGCACUCAGGUUUGUGGUUUUGGCGGCGUUGGCACGCGCCUAAUUUGGACCGUCAUCCGGUGUGGGUGAGCCUUUCCUUUGACCAUGACUGCGCCGUUGCCUCUCAAAGAGGCUACGUUUACGCGGUUAUGAAGCCCACGCAGACGCUCCUUGCCGCGUUACGGCGGAGUUCUCGGUAAUUAUACAUCCUGGGGGAUAGUGCAUGCGAGAAGGGUCGAAGUGUGCAUGACAGAAGCGAAACUUGUGGGCGUGGGUGAGGAGCGGAUGUGGGAGCAUGAUAAGCUGCAUACUUGUGGGGGUAACCGCUUUCGCACGAUCCAUGCAAUACAUAAUGUAUAAGAGGCAUUACGAGGCAUAGAGGGGGAGUAGAACUUUUAGGGUAGGGUUCACCCUAAACCUCUUUCUUUGUACAGGACAUGCGAGCAAAGCAGACGUGUGUUUCCAAUUGGAUCGGUGCAGGGUUUUGUUACCAAGUGUCUGUGGUGGUAGGGCAGGUGAAAAAGAAGAAGACAAAAGGAUAUGAUGUUGAUCAUAUGCACAAACGAAGAAAGUGUUUGUGGUAUUUGUCACGGGGGGAAGCGUGUCGUUGUCUUGCUACACCCUUCCAGGAUGACAAGUAGUUGCUUUGUGUGGAUGAUGUGUGUGGGCGAUAUGUGAGUUGGUGGUAGUGGUGAUGCUUUGUUUACGAGCGCUGGUGGCGACAGGUUUGCGGUCGCGAUGUUGCCAGUUGGGUAUCCCGCGAACGUUUAUUUACACGUAAGGAGCGGUUGCUCGACUGCCCCUGAGGGUAUGUGGCAUGUAGUUGGUGAGUACGAUAUAGCCUAUACAGUGUGGGUAUGUUCAGGUGUCCAGGGCGAUGCUCCAAGCCGACGCUCCAGGAAUUGUGGGUGCAUUUAACUGUCUCACGUAGCUAGUAUCGAUAUCGGCAUCCCGGGGUACAUGUGACACAUGCUGUCUGUUCACAGGGCGCUGUGGCUGAGUGGUUCGUCGUGGGCAGCGAGCCUGGUGUUUCCUUGCGCGUGGGAUACACGUGGCUGCGGAUAGCGUUUGCGUUUCCGUGUGGAGGGUUAUACAGGCCUAGUUACUCCCCCGCUGUGUGUAUGUGUGUGCGCGCAAACGCUUCCCGCCCACACAACGGCAUGCCUUGCCAUGACCCCACCUAGCGCGUUAUCACAUGGUAGUACAAUGAUGUGACUCAAGUACAAAAUGACUCUGUUCAUACGGUUGUGUCGUUGCUUUGGACGACUCUUAUAGCGCUGAUUGUUGUGCAAGGGCGGAGGCGUAGAGCUUUCCCACAUGAGGUUUCAGAGCCCGAUUUCUAUGAUGUGCCCGACCGCGGUUGAUGGUGUGUGUCUAGCCAACAGGACCGCGGAGCUGUUAUGAUGGGUGGGAUGCAGUUUACACUCGGCAUAGUCGCAUACAUAGCCUGGUGGUUAUCAGAGGUUCGACCGUCGUUGCUUAAGCAAUUUUCGCACAAGUAGACCACUUGGCCUGCGCGUUCCGGCUUGCUGUCUGCUGGCAAGCCGUGCGGCCCAAGCGGCAUGGGGGCGAGAGGUGUACAGCAUGUGGGUUCUAGCAAGCGUGCGUGUGCGCAUGUGUGCGUGCAAAGGGUAUGGUUGAGUAGUGAUGUUGGGGUGGGGGAUUCCUACUAAGCCGGCUGUUUGUUGGGUUCUUCCGCAGGGCCCACGUAUGAUGCUUCUAUAUCACAAACAAGAGUGCUAUACUGGGUGUUGUAUUUGUUCCGCAAUGCCAGUCGUCAUUGUGGGUAUUGAGGAGGACUCCGUCCACGCAUAUGCAUGCGGGGAAUGACCCAUGGGUCAGCAGGAUUGCCUUGCGGCCGUGUGCGGCUUUGGUUGAGUGAUACGUAUACCUCGGCUGUAUAGUGGAAGUAUUCGUUACGAUUAUACAUGACGGUUUUGUGUUUUGGUUUGUGCAAGCGUAUGAUGGGCGACAAUGGUAGCCGCAUGUUCUGCCGGGCUUGCUUUGUGGCCUGGUUUGGCAAAAAGGUUGUGGCCUUAGCACCGCCUGACAUUCUUUGUUGCUCGCCGCUUUUCCGGGGUGUAUGCCAUAACCGUGCACGCUGCCGAUUGGUAUCGUGUGCUCUGUCUUGGGCUGCAUUUCCCGUGAGGUUCAUAGUGUUAGGUGAGUCAGGUACUGCAUUGCGGUUGUCAAGAAAUAGAUAACGACCGACCGUUUGGUUUUUCCGCCUAGAACUGCCACAUCCUGUUUGGGUUAAUAAUAUACAAGGGAUAUUGCGGUUGUUGUGGUGGGUUUGUUACGGUUUUCCUGCGUCGCAUGGUAGUCGUUGGUUGAGUACGAUUUGUUUGAGGGGUGCGGCAGGCUGAAGUGCACACAGCUUCCUUUGUCGGUCCUGUUCUCUCAGGUUGCAGUUUGGGUCACAUGUACAGAGCUGGCUUGCCCCUUUGCCAAGAGGGCGUGUUUGCCUUUAUAGCGUUACCGUUUUGCCGUAAGUGGUGUGUGACUCAUUACUGGUCGGUACCUUGGGGGUCUCGCAAUGCUAUUGGCGUGUGCCAACUACACUCACGCAUGCGUCCUGGUGGAGACCGCGUGCGCGCCUCCAUCCUUUCACAAUUUACAUAGUUACAUGCCCACGUAUGCACGCGUAUUUUAUACAUGUUUCCUUGUAGGGGAGUGUGUGCGGACAGCGUACACAGCCCUGCGAUUCCUUCUAGUAGUGUACGUGUCGUUAGUAAGCGUUACUUUGUUGGGUGAAAAGUGAGUGUUUGUCAGCCACUGUUGCUUGCUUUGCUAUGAUGUUUGUCUGUUUGCGCUGAGCCUUGGAUGAUGGUUUGCUUGUUUCUCCUGUUGUAUACACCGGGCGACAGACAGUCAAAAAUGUGUUCUGCUGCUGCCUUGCGUCCUGUGCUGGACAUGUGGUGCUGGAGGCAGACUCCCCUGCACACAUUCAACAGCAACAAUAACCAUGCUGGCGGAUGGUGUGAACGGCACAUGUAUGCCUGAAUGGAAUCUUGGAGGCCGUGCAGUUUGCGUUUGGCUACCUGCCUCUUUGAUCCGCGGCGUACUUGGUAUUUCCGUGCCCCAAACGUGCCUUUCGUGCACUGAAGAUGUUUUGCGAGCGCUGCUCACGACUUUCAUGAUUAAUCAAUUUCACAUUCGUCAGCAAAUGAGAUGAUGUCCCAACAACAUCUCUCCCGCGUGUUGCCAAUAACCCUGUAACCCAAAGGACGCCAG